UCGCUUUCGAAAACCAAAAGCCUCUCUCUCCCUUUCCCGCCCCUAUCCCUCUCCUUUUAACCCUAGCCUCCGCCCUUUCUCUCUCUACCCCUGCAUCUCUCUCUCUCUCUCUCUCUCUCUCUCUCUCUCUCUCUCUCUCAACAUCAUGAAUCGCAGGACGCGAAGAAUCAAUCGCAGAUCCGAGCCCUACCUCAAGUACCUGAAGCCCGGCGCGCUCGCUCAGCUCAGAGACUUGCGAAUCAGCGCCAGGCUCCACCGGGUCGACUCCCUCAUCCAGAUCUGCCCGUCUCCGCCGCCGAACCAGGACGGACAGCCCCAGGUCGACGCGGCCGACGGAAUGCCCUGCUUCGUCGGGAGGAUCUACGGGCCUCGUUGCCCGCAGAGGAAGAAGCUCGUAGCCGCCAAGUGCGUUUGGUUUGUCGGAUCCAGCCCUGGGAGUCCUGCUCGGAACGAGUCAGAUCCGUCAGUUGAUUUUUUCGGUGGCGAUGGUGUCGCUGCUCAUUGAAUAGAACAGAUCAGCUUCUCUUUUCGUUUUCGUUUUCGUUUUCGUUUUCGUUUUCUUCUUCUUUUAGAUUCGCCAUGUUGUAGAGCGGCGAAUUUCAGUAGAUGUACUCCUUUGUGAACAGAAAGAAGAAUUAAAUAACGGCCUCAAUUUGCGAUUUUCCAUGCCGAAUUAGAGCGACUUGGCUUUGAUUGUGAUUGGCAUUCUUUUGGCUGGCGAUUCGUGAGUACCUUUUCACAGAGCAAGUAUUGCUCUGCCUUCGAUCUUCAUAUGACCGGACUCAAAAGCUCCUCCGGCGGAUUCAGAUACCGUGCUUUGCCUGCUUGUGAGCCAGUCGUGUCAAUUGUGCUCACGAGCACGAGCGGUUCCGGCAAAUCUCUCAGCUGCCGAUAUUCUUGUGGAAGAGAUCCCGACACCGCCUAAUUUCAUCAUCUCGUGUCUGAGGUAAACCUGAUUUGGCUGCGAUCUUUACUCAGGACCCAA